AUCUGACAGAUUAUUGAGUUGCAACGGAGGCCUACAAAGGCGGCGUCAUGAAACAGCGCCGAGAAUUACAAGUGGCCAAGUUCGAGUCGAUAAUGUGGCAGUGAAAGCCAGCUGAUCAUUUCCUUCCUUUCGACUCGUCUUCCAUGUCCACCUCCUGGUCCUCUCAUUCUCUCGAGCCAGAGCACCCAGCGUCUCCCAGGGAAUUUCUCGUUACCGCCGAGCUCUACGUUUCCACAGCGGCAAGCGUUGCCCUCCGCAAGCCUCAGACCCUACGUAAGAAGCCCGUUAAACGAGCUGUAGCCCAGCAAUCUAACGGCCCAUCAGAAGACAGCAAGAAAAUUAAAGAGAAAUCAAGUUGGAUUGCUCUAGCAAGAGGUUCUGCUGGGACAGGUCAAUGGCGAUCUGCCACAUGCAAACUCACAGCAGAAGAAGGAGACAGGUGUCUAUUGAACAUCUAUGUGGACGAAUCGAUUCUUUACCGGACAUUAUACAUUCAUUUGGUCAACCACACAGACAUCCGACACGCUGACACCUCGCUCUUCUUUCGCAAGCAUUGCUUGGGCAUAUAUUGCGUAAACCAACGAUGGUGCUCUCCCAAUACUACCGAACCUGUCUAUCUCCAGUUUGCAAACUCUGACCUUUGCAACACCUGGCUCGCCCUCCUCAGAUCCUACGCUAUCGCAGAGAUAUACGGUCGAUGGGCCUACCCGGAAGACGGUGGAUCCUACCGCAUGUGGCGACAGGUCGAACUGAGCGUUAUCCAAGGCCGUAACCUGGGAAACACUAGACCCGUGGAUGACAAAAACGAAUCAAGUUCCGAGUACGAUCCAGUUGAUUUGGACGUGUCAUGCGAAAUACAUCUGAAUGGUGUGUUAUGCGGGCGCACGACAGUCAAGAAAGGAAUAGGCUCGCCUGUAUGGCAUGAAAGCUUCACGUUUUCUGAUCUUCCACCGUUUGAAACCCUGGAUGUCCUUGUCUGGAGAGAGAAAAAGGUCUUCAAGCCGUCUCCUUUGGGCUCUGUCUGUAUUACUCUGAGCAACUUUCGGAGAGGUGAAGCAAUCGAGGGCUGGUUUCCGGUGCUUCAAAGCGGUCCUCUGGCUAGUGACCUUCAAGUAGGUGAUAUUCAGCUGAAAAUCAAAGUGGAUGAGGAAAUAAUACUCCCUUGCUCGGUCUACAGCUCUCUUCUAAAUGUAGGUAAGAUUGCUAUCACUGGUGCUUUCGGUAUUGAUUCAUAUCAGACUGUCAAUUCUCGAAAUUUCCUCGACUGGAUGAACGAUUUUGAGAAGAAGCUCAAUGUGAAGCUUGCCGGACAGCUAUUAUCAAUAGCAGUUGCAAAAAACAAUGUUGUCGAGCAAAUAAAGGAAAUAGCCUACCGGGAAGUUGACGGGACACCUUCAUCCCAUCAGACCUUGUUUCGAGGCAACACAACUCUAACCAAAGUCAUGGAAUUAUGCAUGACAUGGUAUGGAAAGGCUUUCCUGGAGGCGAGUAUUGGUUCCGUGCUCCGUAAGUUAUGCCAGGAAAAGAUCGCUAUCGAAGUGGACCCCGUGCGAAGCGGGAAAAGUGCAAAGGACAUUGAACGAAACGUCGACCUCCUCAUAAUCUGGGGGCAAUGCCCAUAUGAAAUGCGACAACUAUUUGAAACUAUUAAGAAAUUGGUGGAACGGCGCUAUCAAGAAAGCGAAGCUAUGGCAGAUAAUCGCGACCUACCAUGGCAAAGCGUCUCGGCCUUCUGUUUCCUCCGAUUUAUUGUACCCGCAAUCCUACAUCCCCACCUUUUUGGUCUGUGCCCUGGUCUACCUAGUGAAGCCGUGCGGCGCAGUCUAACCUUGAUUGCCAAAGUGAUCCAGAGUCUUGCCAACCUCAACGCAUCCGUUCAAAAGGAAGAAUUCAUGCGUGGUCUGAAAGACUUCCUACAGGAAAGUCUACCGGCCAUGGUGGAUUAUCUUGUAGUAGUUUCCACAUCAGGAAAGGAUGGCUUUAGGUCUCCCAAAGGAUCAUCGUCUGGUCGCCACGAUAGAAUCCACGUCGUGAACUCUCUGAGACAGCGUGCUCCCGAAAUGACGAAGCUCAACCUAGAAGCCAUUCCAAUGCCUCCCCAUUUACUCGAUGUACCCAGGCAUCUUGCGAUCAUUACCUCUGCUGUCAUUAGGAGCUCAAGAGAUUACGUCGCGACCUCUCACGCUUUCGCAGACAAGGAUGAUCGGUUGAUGCACGAUUUAUGCUCUAAAUGUUACGAAGUCGAAGAAGAAGCGCUGCAUAGAGUCAGUCAACUAGCUUCACAGUUGUCUGUUAGUCAACGACGGCUGAACUCAUCACUGAAUAAUGGGCGCUCUGAUAUACGAUCCUCUACUUCUCCCGCUUCUUCUACGGGGAAAGAACGACGCUACCGUAAAUCUGGACGCCCGUCUACUGCCCCAUCACCCAUAUCUGAUGCACCUAGAGAGCACGCGUUCAGUCCUCGUGGCUUCAGCCGGGAUCCAGAACCACCCCUUACACCUGCCAGCGGCAGUCGCCAGAAAACUCGUUUACGACACUUCAAAUCACCUUCAACAGAUUCUAUCACAUAUGGCGACAGCCACACCUCUACUAUCCGACGACCUCCUUUACAACAGGAAGAAACACUGGUGGAUCCUUACGAUGAUUCCAGAAAGAGAAAGAAAGGUUUGUUCCGUGGAAUUUUGAAACGAUAG